AUGGAUUGCCAGAUUGCCUCUAAAUGGAGAUUUUCUAUCAUGGACUCAAUUCUACAUCGCAGACAGCUGCCAAUGCGGCAGCAGUAUAAGGGCAUUGAAAUAAACAAUUCAGGAACUAGAAGUGGGCAAGUCAAUGCAAUAGAGCAAACAAGCACCAGUUGUGUUGCAUGUGAAGAAUCGCAUUCUGUUAAGGAGUGUCCACGAAAUCCUCAAUCAAUCUACUUUGUCAAAAACAAUCCUUUUUCAAACACUUACAACCCAGGGUGGCGAAUUCACCAUAAUUUUGCUUGGAAAAACAACCAACAACAAGACAGUCAACCUAUGGCUCAGAGAGAAACACCACCAGGAUUUUUCCAAAGAACUAACGGACAGCAGCAACAGCAAGCUAGUAGCUCUCAAACACCACCAUCAUCAUCCCUGGAGAACUUGUUAAAGGAAUACAAGGAAAGAACACUACCAAGAAAUCACCCUAAGAAGUGGAAAGGCGAUGUAGAAGUCAGGAAGGAGCCUAGCAAGACCGAUUCAAAGGAGCAACCUAUGAUUGAAUCAAAGAACCGUUUGUCGCAAACUGAGUCAAAGGAGUCCAAGACUAUGGAACCUGAAGAUGCGAUCACCUCUAAGACUCCAAACCAUGGAAUAGUGAAAGUACAGCUACCUCCAUUUCCUCGAAGACUGAAAAAGAAACAAAAGGAUGAAGUUCAGUAUCAUCGCUUCCUGGAAAUAUUGAAACAAAUACACAUCAAUAUUCCAUUUAUAGAAGCGAUAGAGCAGAUGCCGGUAUAUGCCAAGUUUUUUAAGGACAUUGUUUCAAAGAAGAGAAGCACGGGAAAAUUCGCCACGGUGGCAUUAACAAAAGAAUCAAAUACUAUAAUCCCACCAAAGAUGUUCGACCCAGGCAGCUUUACAAUACCCUGCUCAAUAGGAGGUCAGCUAACACCUACAACAGUGACUUUCCAACUUGCAGAUAGGACCCUGGUACACCCGAAGGAAAAUUAA